AUGGGAUCGAAACAGAUUGCGCAGGAAACAUUUGAUGAUGCCGUGCAGGAAAACAUUACAGAAUUUGAAAUGGAUCCAGAAGAGGCUGUGAGAGAAGCUGUGCAGCAGUUUGAGUCCCAAGGUGUUGACCUCAGCAAUAUUGUGAAAGCCGUGCGGCAGCCUGCCUCUGAAAAUGGUCAGAAGCAAAAGCAUGAAAUUUUGCUGACUUUAGAUUCCCUCGGGAGAGCCGUUGCUGACUCUGACCUUGCUGAGAUGGCCGAGCAGCUCGUGCUCUUUGCUGACCAGUGCAAAGAACAGCUGGCUUUCCGCUACCUGGCUGGGCAGAACGGUGCCUAUUCUGUGGUAUUCUCUGCCUGCCAGCUGGCUUCAGGAGACAGAAGUUUGAUGCUGAAAGCCUUUUAUACUCUGUCUGCCAUCUUGGAUGGGCAGCCAGACCUACUUGACUCCGCUGGCCAGGAGCUCCUGCUACAAACUCUGAAAGAAUAUCAGGAGGAUGCGGAAAUGACGCUGGCCGGGAUCCGGUGCGUCCGGCACGCCUGCCUGAAACACGAGCAGAACCGUCAGGACUUUGUGAAGGGCGGAGUUCUGCCCCUCCUGACCGGAGCCAUCGUCCGGCACGGAGCCAGUGCCGACGUCGUGCGGACGGCCUGCUCGGCGCUCAGGAUCAUGACGUUUGAUGAUGACAUCCGCGUGCCCUUCGGGCACGCUCACGAUCAUGCUAAAAUGAUCGUGCUGGAAAAUGAUGGGUUAAGAGUCCUCAUUGAAGCUGCAAAAGCAUUCACAGAUAACUCCAGUGUUCUCAGUGAACUCUGUGCCACCCUUUCUCGCCUUUCUGUCAGGAAUGAAUUCUGUCAAGAAAUUGUGGACCUUGGGGGCUUAAAUUUUAUGGUGGCUCUCCUGGCUGACUGCAUCGACCACCCGGUGAGUGAUAGAAACUACUUGGGAGACGUGGUGAAGCAGGUGCUGUGUGCCAUCCGAGCCGUGGCGGGCAAUGACGACGUGAAAGAUGCCAUCGUUAGUGCUGGGGGCACGGACCUCAUCGUGCUCGCCAUAAGCCAUCACCUCGCCAACCCUCAGAUCUGUGAGCAAGGUUGUGCAGCCUUGUGCAUGCUGGCUCUGCGCAAACCCGAGAACUGUAACGUGAUCAUGGAAGGCGGAGGGGCGCUGGCAGCUCUUCAGGCCAUGAAAGCACACCCCCGAGAAGUGGCUGUGCAGAAACAGGCUUGCAUGCUGAUCCGCAACCUGGUCUCCCGGAGCCGGGACUUUUCUCAGCCCAUCUUGGAGAUGGGAGCUGAGAACCUCAUAACAGAAGCUCGUGCGACGCACAAGGACUGCGAUGACGUGGCCAAAGCUGCGCUGAGGGAUCUCGGCUGCAAAGUGGAGCUCCGAGAGCUGUGGACAGGUCAGAAGGGAAGCCUGGCGCAGUGACCCACCCCUCUGCUGAGCUGUGGAGCUUCAAGACAUCGACGUCCGUGAAGUCUGAGGGGGGAAACGAGGCGGCACGGAUUAAUUUGGAGUGACGUGGAACUGGAGUAUCUGAAGCAAAUGCCUGGCUUGGGAGGCUGCAGUGAACUUUUUAUCAGGAGCUACAGCUGAAAUGGCUUUAUGCAUUCACAGGCUGCCAAUCAACUCUGUGUAGUAAUCCUUCCCCAAAUCAUCUAAUGCCUGAAGAUGAUCUGCUCCCCCCCCCGUUAUGUGUGUUACUCGUGUACCGAGCAGGGCCGCUCUGUAAGAGCAACAGCGGCUCUU